AUGUCCAUCUCCAUAGUUGAAGGGCUGGCCUUGUUUUUGCUGUGGGGCUCAGGCAGCACCUUGACCUGUCCCCCAUCCUGCAUCUGCCAGCCACUGGAAACCAUGGGUCUGCUGGUAGACUGCAGUCACAAGUGGCUUCAAGAAGUGCCUGCCCUGCCUAUUGGCACCAGCAAGCUCUACCUGCAAAACAACAGCCUCACCACCAUCCCCCCAGGGACAUUUGACAACAUGCAUAACUUGCAUGAGGUGGAUGUGUCCCACAAUCCCUGGCACUGCGACUGUGGCAUCUUGUACCUCAAGCUGUGGCUGGAAGACUACGCCAGGGAUGCCCUUGAGCAGGGAAGAUGUGCGACCCCAGCCACGGCAGCCUCUCUUUCCCUCAGCCAGCUCACAGGAAAUGAGCUAGAAGGCUGUGAGCAGCUCCGCUCCAUCCAAUGUCAUGAGUUCCUGUGGCGGGACCUGGCCCUGAUUGCCCUGGCAGUCUUAGUGGUUGCCCUGAUGACCAUUCUCCUGUGGAUUGCCAGGAGGACAACCUACUGGGUGACUCUGAACCAAUACCCAUAUGAAGCACAGCGGCAGCUGAGGAACAGCUUAAAGCAUCAGAAGACAAAGUGAUUGUGCAUCUCUACCUGCCCACCUUUUUUCUUGGGUAGAAAUCCUGUACUAACUCUUCACCAACCCACCAACCAGUACUAUCCUGACCAUAGCUGUACUCUGACAGUGUAUCUUAGUUUUUGUGCAUCAAAA